GUGCUUCACUGGGCGCAGAGUAAUGCGGAUUUUGUUAUUCCCCUCUACUGCUUCGACCCGCGGCACUACCUGGGCACCCACUGCUACGGCUUCCCGAAGACAGGGCCCCAUCGGCUCAGGUUUUUGCUGGAAAGCGUAAAGGAUCUAAGGGAAACGCUCAAGAAAAAAGGAAGUACGCUGGUUGUGAGGAAGGGGAAGCCGGAAGAUGUGGUCCGUGAGCUGAUUACUCAGCUGGGCUCUGUCAGUGCUGUGGCUUUCCAUGAAGAGGCCACACAGGAGGAGCUGGACGUGGAGAAGGGGCUGUGCCAGGUGUGUAGUCAGCAUGGAGUGAAGAUUCAGACACUCUGGGCAUCCACGCUGUAUCACCGGGACGACCUUCCCUUCAGGCCUAUUGCCAGGUUGCCCGAUGUCUACACCCAUUUCCGAAAAGCGGUGGAAUCUGCGGCAAAGGUCCGGCCAAUGCUGCGGAUGGCAGAUCAGCUAAAGCCUCUGGCUCUAGGGGUGGAGGAAGGGUGUAUCCCUACAAUGGAGGAUUUUGGGCAAAAGGAUCCUGUGACCGAUCCACGAACAGCCUUCCCCUGCAGUGGAGGAGAGACCCAGGCUUUAAUGAGACUGCAGUAUUAUUUUUGGGAAACGAACCUGGUUGCAUCUUACAAGGAGACUCGGAAUGGACUGGUGGGAAUGGAUUACUCAACUAAAUUUGCACCAUGGCUGGCGCUGGGCUGCAUCUCGCCUCGCUACAUCUAUGAGGAGAUCCAGAGGUAUGAAAAAGAGAGAACAGCAAAUGCGAGCACGUACUGGGUCCUGUUUGAACUGCUGUGGCGGGAUUACUUUCGAUUCGUGGCCCUGAAGUAUGGCAAAAGGAUUUUCUCAUUAAGAGGGCUUCAAAGUAAAGAUAUCCCCUGGAAGAAGGACCUUCAGCUCUUUGACUGUUGGAAAGAGGGGAAAACCGGGGUUCCGUUUGUCGACGCCAACAUGCGGGAGCUGGCUGCGACGGGCUUCAUGUCUAACAGAGGGCGGCAGAAUGUCGCCAGCUUUCUCACCAAGGACCUGGGCCUGGACUGGAGGAUGGGGGCAGAGUGGUUCGAAUACCUGCUGGUGGAUUACGACGUUUGUAGCAAUUACGGCAACUGGUUAUAUAGCGCUGGUGUUGGCAAUGACCCACGGGACAACAGGAAGUUUAACAUGAUUAAGCAAGGCCUGGAUUACGAUGGCAAU